CCACCAGCAGCAGCAACAGCAACAUCAGCACCACGACCAGGAUGUCCCUCGAACAUCUCCCAGACGUGGUCCUGGGUCAGAUCUUGUCUUACCUCCACUGGAAGGAAAAGGAAUGGCUGCUGGAUGUUUUCCCUGACGUAGAGAGAGUGAUGAGAUCUCCCUUGGCCUGGCCUCACUUUGAGAACGACAGAGCAUACGCUGUGGAGAAGCUCUGUAUGUACAUCUACUUCCCAAUGAUGGUGGCCAGCGAGCUACAAGUCAUCCGUACGUACGGGAGGUAUUUCCGGUCCUGCACGAUAUGGCUACACAAAUUGUCUUCAUCAGACGACAAGAAAGAGGAUGACUUUAGCCUGUUGACCGCGGUUGGUCAACACUGCACGCAGCUCAGGGCUAUACACGUCAUACAUCCUUCUGACGUCAGUGUGUCACAACUCUGUGACGCCAACGACCGCUAUUUGAGACAGAUUAAAACCGCAGCCUUAAGGAAACACGGCUCGUUCACACUGUCAUUAUCCCGUCUGUUCUACACCUCGAUAGACACCGUGGAGUCUGGUAUUCUGAACUAUAUGUCGUAUCUAGGAGAGCACUGCCUUGUGCACACUCUUGUUUCCCUGGACUUUUCCCAUGGCCUUGUCUUUGAGGGCAAAGUGAAGGUUGUGCACGAGCUCAGACAGUGCACAAACCUCUGUGUUCUCAAGUGUCCCAUCCAGUGUGUGAACACUUCUGUGGUGAAGAGCCUGAGCGGGGGAAAGUUACAGGCUCUCUAUCUGGUCAGUGAUGACCAUACGUCUCAUACAGACUACAGAGAAAAACUUUCCCUGGACUGGGAAUCAAUCUGUCGUGGCCUCUCAGUAUCUCAGCGCGCCUCUCUAGAAGUGCACUACAUUUUCCGCAAUCGGACACUCAGCCACGAGGACAUGGCACACAAUCCAUUUGUACAAUCACUGGUGUUUGAUAAUCUUUCUAGCAGCAUCUCCGCUGUUUUCCUGAAAAAGAUAGCAGACCUGUACGGUCACACACUUCAAACACUCGCUUUUUGCAGUCACUACUGGGAGUUUCUCAUGCAUUUCACCGACUUGGAACAAAUAGACAACAGUUUCAAGUACAUGGCCACAAAGUGUCUGCGUCUGACAGCGUUCCUGUCCUGCCUCUGUUUACCUUCAUCUGCUUUAGUGAACCUAGCUGAGAACUCGCCCGCACUUUCCACACUCCGAGUAUUCCAGGAAAAUGUGAGACUCGCGACGUCGGACAAGCCAGACAGGAAGUUUCGGCACCGCAUGGGCCGAGCGCUGGGGCUCAGUUCUUGGUCCAUGCUGAGAAAAGGAGAUAAUAUCUACAGAGUUCCUAGAGUGGACUGCAGACUUUUGUUUGCCAAUUGCUUCAAUGAGAUCUAGUCAGAUUUCCGUUGGCCAAUUGCCUCAAUGAGAUCUAGUCAAGACUUUAGUUUGUCAAUUGCUUCAAAGAGAUCUAGAGCGAAAUUUCUUUGCCAGUUGCUUCAAUAAUGAGAUCAAGUCAUACUUUUGUAUACCAAUUAUUGUUUCAAUUAGGUCUAGUCAGGCUUUUGUUUGCCAAUUGCCCCAGUGAGAUUUAAUGAGACUUUUGUUUGCCAACAGCCUCAAUGAGAUCUGGUCCGACUUUUCUUUGCCAAUUUCUUCAGUGACGUCUAGCUCUAUAUAGACUUUUGUUUGCCAAUUGUUUCAGUAAGAUCUUGUCAUGCUUCUUUUGUUUGCCAGUUGCCUCAGUGAGAUCCAGUCAAAUGCAAAAAAAUCUGGCUCUAAAUUUGAAAAUACUUAUACAUCUGGAUCGGGAAAAAACAAACAAAAGGA